GUCAGCACUUGCGUCGCGAAGGACCUGACCAUGACCUAUGAGAGGCUCUUCGCUGGACCUGCUGCAGAGGUGCGCCGGCAAUGGGGAGAGCUCGAGGCUGAGGCCAAGCGAGGCACAGCCGUUCUGCUGCUGGGUCUUCCCCUCCCAGUGUCUACCUCCACAGAAGAGCAAGUGGCAGAAGGCGCUCGGCAUGCUGAAAUGCCGCAAAGUGACGCCGAGCUUGCAUCCGUGGCGAAGCUGCUGCUGAAGCACGGCGUGUCGGUCCAGAAGGCAGGGCUGAUUGCGGCGCAGCUCACAGGGCAGCCCGUGGAGCGGGCUCACGAGGUUGUCAAGCCUCUGGCCCUUCGAGGCGGCCACUCCAACCGCGCGGACGCAUCUCCUCACUCGGACCAGGCCGAUGGUGCAGCCAAGUUGAGCAACCCUCAGUUACCAGCAUCGAACUGUUCCAGGACGCUUCAUCUGAUCAACCUUGGGCGCUACUCGACAGAGGAGGAGGUGACUGCCGCCUUGGAUCAGCUGGGCGUCCAUGGUGAACUCAGCCUUGCAGAGACCCACCUCGGUGGUCGGAUCGCGUUUCUUCGAUUCGCUUCGCCGGAGGAGGCGAGUCGAGCCCGCAAUGCCAUCAACCUCGGCGACCUGAGGCUGGGUGGUCAACGCCCGGUCGUCGCCGGCUGGGCCCGACGUGAUCGCUGGCUGAGCUAA